UAUUAACUUCCAAAUCAAAAAACAAUAUCAGAAACAUUUAUUCCUGCUUUGUAUGAAAAAUGCAUACAUAAUAUAAAAUUAUUAGUAAGUUUAGGAAUGUCUUUUUGCAUAACGACAGAUGGUUGGACAUCUGUGAACACAACAAAUUACAUUGCCAUUACAGCACAUUUUAUUGAUGAGAAUUUUCAAUUAAUAUCGAUACUAUUAGAAUGUUCAGCUAUAAUUUUAUCACAUACAAGUCAACAUUUAAGUUCUGAAAUUAAUAAAAUAAUAACGGAAUAGAAUAUAAGAGGGAAAAUAUUAGCAGUGUCGGAUAAUGCAAAUAACAUAAAAAGUGCAAUUACGAUGCAUUUAAGUUUAAAACAUUUUGAUUGUUUUGCACACACUCUUAAUUUAAUAGUAACUGACGGUUUCAAAGUUCAAGCCAUAACUUAUGUAAUAACUUAUAUAAUAAACAAAAUUGAAACUAUUGUGAGUCAUUUUCGAAGAAGUUAUUUAGUUAAUACAAAAUUUAAUAAAUUUCAAGAAAACAAAGAAAAACCAUUAAAGCUAAUACAAGAUGUUGCCACUCGAUGGUACUCUACAUUUCACAUGUGUAAGACCUAUUCCAAUAGCGCACGCGCGAACCAGAGACGGAGAGGGGGCAGAGCCACGCGGACUGGCACCCAUGUAAGGCGCGUGCGAACCAGCUCCCGUUUUGUGACGCAUUUUUUGAGUUAAUCUUACGGAUUAAUCCAACUCGGUUUUGUCCGGUCGUAAAUGCCAAGAGAUUAAGGCUUCCCAGUGAACACAUUUUAUAGCGGCAAUAUAACAUGGAAAUUACAUGUAAUU